GGUCGCCGGGCGGCAACCUAAGGCGGGACCCCGCCAUGAAGAAUGGCCAAACGCAUGUCUGGUGGGGCGGAGACAGUUUAGUUACCUUACAUGCUAAGCUCCUGUGGUGGGACCUGCUUCACUGCUGUUGGCACCGAAACAGGGUGAGAAAUAUAAAUUCAAGAAAUCCCAGCACGGGCAGGUGGAAGAAGAAGCCCACCUUGUUCUUUAACUAUCAAAGCGAAUCGCCGAUGGACUGGGAUACACCGCUUCAAAUCCAGCUCAUGACGCGGUGCUCAUAAUGGAGAAUCUCACAAUUUCCGAUCCUCCCCCUCCGCAUCAUCUCCAACAACAACCCCAUGGCGGCGCUCCAGGGACCAUGCCGCCUGCACUGGGGCGUCCCCCUCCGCCACCCCAGCAGCUGCCCGCUCAGAUGUUCACCACUGCUGCCCAGCUUUUGGAUCUCACUGACAAAAAACUCAUGGUAGCGUUACGUGAUGGACGAAAGUUACUGGGCAUCCUCCGCAGUUGGGAUCAGUAUGCAAACUUAGUGCUGCAGUCCACCAAGGAGCGGAUCUUCGUGCCUCCCGGGACGGCACCCAAUCAGCCCAGGGGGCUCUAUGCGGAUAUUGACCGCGGCGUAUUCCUCGUGCGCGGAGAGAAUGUGCUGCUCCUGGGCGAGAUUGACCUAGACAAGGACGACGACGCGCCGCCGGGAUACGACCUUGCCGAGGCAGAGUUGGUGCAGACCCUGGCUAAGCAAAGGAAACGGCAAGACAAGGCGAGGGAGAAGAAGAAGGUUAAGAAGCUUGCUAUUGAGGGGUUCGAAGGCGAAAAUUUGGGCGAAAUCCUUCUUUAAAUCCGGGAUUGUUGGACGGGAGGCGAUGAAAAACCCAUAGGGAGAGACGAGGAAGGCAGAGGUGGGUGGUUAGGAAGCAGAAUAUUGUGAAAUGCUGUCCACCCACUCUUGUGAUAUAGGAUCGCGAGGCUCUCAUGAAAACCAAAUGCUCAAGCCCGGCACGACCAGCACGCA